AUGGAGCUUUUGACAUCGUUCGUCGACGAGACUGCGUGCAACACCUGUUUUGGGAAUUUGAUCCUUGUCAGUGCCGCCUGCACCGCUUUGGAUUGUAUUGAACAGGCAAAGAAGCGUGAAGUGCACCCAGACAACCUGGUUAUGGCUCUUGACGUUAUCACCUUCGCCGUUCGGAAACUGCACCCACAGUGUUUCGACAAUACGGAAACGGAACAACUACGAUCAGCCGCUCUAUCCGCCUUUGAUGCGCAAAUGAAACAGCUUUUGAACAACAGCAGCUGCAAGCCGAUUGUGAAGGCACAGGUUACAGGCAUACAACUUGCUCUCGACCACCUGACACGCCAGUCGUCAAUCCUCGCUCUUCAAAACGAUGUGGAGGCCAAAACAUCGCGAACGCGUUUCCUCAGAACCAUCUCCGGGUUCUGGAAAGUUCGAAUGCCGUUAGCACUCCAGCGAAUGUCGAGCUAUUCGGGUUGA